AAUGAGAACAAAACAAGAGGCGAGAUAUGCAAAAUUAUUGAAGUCUAAAUAAUUUAAUUUAUAUUAUUUUAAAUAUUUAUUGGAUGAAAUGGACGUGCUGUGGUCUAAAGAGAGAUUGCAUAAAAUUUUUAGUAAAGUAAGCAUUCUCAAAUUAAUAAGCAAGUCCCUUUAAUAUGGCACGUCAAACAAAAUAUACUUAUAAACAUUCAUUGGGGAUAACAAAUCAAUUUUAAUUGAAUUCACAUUAAAAUCCUGUAUUGUAACAUGCCUACUUCAGAUUCAAUCGGAUUGAACGUGACACAUGCGUCUGGAGACGGGGAUUCCCCGUUGCGUUGCUGCCGGCUUUGUGGAGGGAAUGGGAACCUGAGGUGUUUCUGUGAGACGUAUUUGUGGGAGGGGGUGGAGGAGAGAUAUGACCAGCUGCUCUUCAAUUGCUUCGGUAUUCGGCCAUUACCAGCAGACGAUUUGAUAUGUGAACGCUGUGUGUGCCAGCUUCGGAACACGCAACGCUUCCGAGCGCUCGUGCAGUCCGCCUUCGCUAGACCACCCAGUGAAGACUCAACAAACCAAUCUCAAAUGCGCAUCGGUGAAGGCCACACACAGAAAAAAAUCAAAAGCAAAUUGAAAUUAUCGAGGCUAGAACUAGCGAAAAAGAACACCAGAACUGGCAUAGACUUGACUCUCAGGAAAAAAAAAUCUGAAAGAAAAAAGUCUAUUUUCAACACCAACGUUGAACCUCGACGGAUGAAUAUAGCCUGUACGCUCUGCCAGCAGAAGUAUCCUAUGAUAAUGCCUUUUAAUGGAUGCAAGAACUUUGUAUGCUCGCGGUGUAAAAAGAAAGGUGAAAUUCGCCCGAAUUUGAGGAAAUAUAACGUCAAUUUGCCUACGAAUUUGUUGAAGAAUAAUUUGGAGCUGCAUGCUAAAACUGAUUUGAGAGGGAAGAGCAGACUAUUCAGUGUGCAAAAAAUACCUUCGCAGUCAGUUAAAAUACCGGUUCCCACAAAAUACCAGUGCGAUCAAUGUCCGAAGAGAUACUCAAUGGCACAAAACCUAUCGCAGCAUAUAAAUACUGUUCACAAAAAUACGUACGGCACUUUCUGUACAAUCUGUGAAAAAGAUUUCAAUACGAAGGAAUUGCUAGAUAGGCAUAUGCGAAUGCAUACAGGCCAAUUAAUAUACAGGUGUGAUGUAUGCAUGCGUGUUUUCAAAGGCAAAAGAGCAUUCCAAGCACACUAUCUGACGCAUGGGAAAUAAA